AUGUCGGCGCUUGCGAUUCACCGACAAGCGCUGACGCCCACGCCCAACGCAGAAUCCUCAGAGACAGAUGAUACCCGCCCAAGUCUCAGCGCUUUGAGCAGACAGCCCAGCCAAGACCACGGCGAUGCUACCAAUGCCCUGCCCACUCUCGCCCAACGUCUGCGCCAUACGAGCUCCGUCCUCGCCAUAGGAAUCUCCGACGACCACAUCUUCGCCGGUACCCAGGCGGGAGAGAUCCUCGUUUACAGCUUGAGCACGUACGAGCGAAAAGCCGUUAUUGAUGGCCACAAGGGGAGUGUGCUGGGACUGUGUCUGUCACAUGAUCAGUCGUUGCUGUUCUCCAGUGCGGGUGAUCGCAUUGUGAAUGUCUGGAACGCUCGGACGCUGAAGAGGACCUGUCGGCUGAAAUCGUCCUUCGACGUCGGUGAUGUCUUCUGCAUUGCCUACUCCUCAGCUCUCCGGACCGCCUACCUAGGCGCACAGAACACCUCCAUCCAGUGGAGCAGGAUCACCCGGCCAGGGAGCAAAGAGCUCCCGCCUGCACCGAACCGCUUCUUCGACUCGAAGGGACCUGGAGGUGUGACGACCCCCCGGCCACCAGGAUCAGAGGUUACACCACGUCACGCUACGGGAGGAGAGAAGAUAGAGAUUGCGAAGGAGAAUGUCAGACACUUUGCGCAUUAUGGAUAUGUAUACUGCAUGUUACUGGCGAAAGAGGGUGUGCCAGAACAUCUCGGCCAGGAGGUGUUGGUGACGGGUGGAGGAGAUGGAGUCAUCAAGCUGUGGCAGUUGGACCAGGAGACAGGAGCGAUCGGGGAGCUCUAUGGACUAGACGACGGCCGGGAAGAAGGUCAUGCCAUUCUAUCGCUAGCCAUGGAGGGUACAUUCAUCUACUGUGGCAGAAGUGGAGGAGAGGUAGAUGUGUGGGAUCUCGAGACACGGCAGCUUCUGCGGAAUAUCAAGGCGCACAGGGACGAUGUGCUGACGAUCUGUUUUGGUGGAGGAUUCCUAUUCACAGCCGCAGUCACAGGUUACGUCAGGAAGUUCGAUCGACAGUAUCAGUUGAAGAACAGACUCAAAGCACACGAUGGUCGCGUGCUCACUUCAGCAUUUUCAUGGCACAAAGAUCGCCCGAUAUAUGCGACCGGAUCAAACGACAACAGUCUGGCCAUUUGGGAUGUCAGCGACUGCAUCAGCGCACCAUACAUGGGGAGCAAGACCAGUAACGAACAGCUGGUCGAGUCGCUUGGACGAUUCGUAUCCUUCCGGACGGUGUCCUCGGAUCCCAAGCACAAGGCGGAUUGUCGUCGAGGUGCAUCUUUCCUUCGCUCCGUCUUCAAGAACUUUGGAGCAACCACGGAAAUGUUGCCUGCAGAAGACCCGGCGAAUCCCAUCAUCAUGGCGAAGUUCCGUGGCAAUCCAGCCACUGCCGCGAAACGCAAGAAGAUUCUCUUCUAUGGACAUUAUGAUGUUGUUGCAGCCACUAAUGCUAACGGCAAGUGGCUCAAUGACCCUUUUCAGAUGGAGGGUAUCGACGGCUACCUAUACGGCAGAGGUACAUCUGACAACAAGGGACCUAUCAUGGCCGCCAUCUUCGCGUGUGCAGAGCUUGCCAGUGAACAGGCCCUGAAUUCGGACAUCAUCUUUUUGAUUGAAGGCGAAGAAGAGUGUGGAUCGCGUGGCUUUGAGAAAGCCGUAAGGGCGAGCAAGCACAAGAUUGGUCAUGUCGACUGGAUAUUGUUGGCUAACAGCUAUUGGCUGGAUGAUCGCAUUCCGUGCCUGACGUAUGGCCUACGAGGUGUCAUACAUGCAACUGUCCAGAUUGAGAGUAACCAUCCCGAUUUGCACAGUGGUGUUGACGGGAGUGCGCAGUUGGAUGAGUCGUUGAAGGACUUGGUACUGCUGCUGGGGACGUUGACGGGCAAAGGAGGUGAAGUCAAGAUUCCUGGCUUCUACGAUCCAGUACCUGAGGUGGUCGAGAAGGAGGCUGAGCUCUACGCUGACAUUACCAAUGCCCUCGUACAGCGCAACCCCGAUCUUGGCGACCCUGAUGCUUUGGCAGCAUCGUUGAUGAGACGCUGGCGAGAGGCAUCUUUGACUAUACAUCGCUUCCAGACUUCCGGAGGGGAGAACGCAACGAUCAUACCACGGAUGGCCAAGGCAGCUCUCUCAAUGCGCCUCGUACCGAACCAGGAAGCAACUGUCGUCGCGCAAGCACUGACUGAGUACCUACACGCUCAGUUCAAAGAACUUGAGUCCAACAACCGACUUUCGGUCACAAUUGACCACCAAGCGGAACCAUGGCUAGGUGACUGGACGAAUCAACUUUUCAAGAUACUGGAAGAGGCCAUCAUGGAGGCCUGGGGCCCAAUAGAGCAGCAACACUACCGCCGCAAAUCCUCAAUAGCACCCCUCAAAGUCUCCCCACCUCCACAUGCGCCAGGCUGCUUCGCCACAAAACCCUCGCCAACCACCUCCACAGUCCUUGCAAACGGCAGUGUAGAGACUCCUUUGCCCGCAAACGGCCUCGCGCCUUUGACGGAGGUCACGAACAAACUAGAGGAGAUUGCUUCACCGCCUACACCGAAGCACAAACAGCGUAGGAAGCCGUUGUAUAUUCGGGAAGGUGGGUCGAUUCCUGCUAUUAGGUUCUUGGAGAAGGAGUUCAAUGCGCCGGCGGCGCAUUUGCCGUGUGGGCAGGCUAGUGAUUCGGCGCAUUUGGAUAAUGAGCGGUUGAGGUUGGUGAAUCUUUACAAGAGUAAGGAUAUUUUCAAGAAGGUGUUCAGGGAGCUCCCUUCGAAGUAA